GGCCCCCGCGCCAGUUUCGGGCUGGUUGGCGCGUAAUCGGGAGACUUGAGGACCAUGGCGCCGGUGCACGGUGACGACUGCGAGCUGGGGGAGAGCGAUUCAGGGAGUUUUUUAGCUUCUCGAUCCAGGCGAGAAAAGAAAUCAAAGAAAGGGCGUCAGGAAGCUCUUGAAAGACUGAAAAAGGCUAAAGCUGGUGAGAAGUAUAAAUAUGAAGUUGAGGACUUCACAAGCGUUUAUGAAGAAGUUGAUGAAGAACAGUAUUCGAAGCUGGUACAGGCACGCCAGGAUGAUGACUGGAUUGUGGAUGAUGAUGGUAUCGGCUAUGUGGAGGAUGGCCGAGAAAUUUUUGAUGAUGACCUUGAAGAUGAUGCCCUUGAGAAAGGAAAAGGUGAUAAAGUACGCAACAAAGACAAGAGGAGUGUAAAAAAGGCUGCAGUGACAAAACCAAACAAUAUCAAGUCAAUGUUCAUUGCUAGUGCUGGGAAGAAAACCGCAGAUAAAGCUGUAGACUUGUCCAAGGAUGAUCUGCUAGGUGACAUUCUACAGGAUCUGAACACUGAGACACCUCAUGUAACUCCACUACCUGUACUGAUACCGAAGAAAAAAAGGUCCAUGGGAACCUCACUGAAUCCUUUCUCUGUGCAAACCCCCAAGGCAGUUCCUUCAGGAAAAACUGCUUCCCCUGUCUCAAGAAUGGAGCCUCCAUUAACUGCCGUUCCUCUUAAACGUGCUGAAUCUUCUGAUGACAAGGAGUCGGGGGCAAUGGAUUUUGAAGAUGGUGACUUUGAUGAGCCCAUGGAAGCUGAGGAGGUGGACGUGGAGCCUGUGGCUACCAAGACUUGGAACCAAGAGAGUGAGCCAGCAGAGGGGUUGAAACACGAGGCGGAUCCUGGGCAAGGGAGCACGUCCUACUCAGGAGAUUUUCUCCCAGAUGUCUCUUGUUGGGAUAUUGAUCAGGAAGAUGCCAGCAGUUUUUCAGCCCAGGAAGUUCAGGUGGAUUCCAAUCACCUCCCACUGGUUAAAGGGGCAGAUGAGGAACAGGUGUUUCAGUUUUACUGGCUGGAUGCUUAUGAAGAUCAGUACAGCCAACCAGGUGUGGUAUUUCUGUUUGGCAAAGUUUGGAUUGAAUCAGCCAAAACCCAUGUGAGCUGUUGUGUCUUGGUGAAAAACAUCGAGCGAACACUGUAUUUCCUUCCCCGGGAAACGAAAAUUAACCUAAAUACAGAGAAAGAAACAGGAGCUCCAGUUACAAUGAAGGAUGUUUAUGAUGAAUUUGAUGAGAAAAUAGCAGCAAAACACAAAAUUAUGAAGUUCAAGUCCAAGAUAGUGGAAAAGAACUAUGCUUUUGAGAUACCUGAUAUUCCAGAAAAAUCUCAGUAUUUGGAAGUUAGAUACUCGGCUGAAAUGCCACAGCUUCCUCAGAGUUUGAAGGGAGAAACCUUCUCUCAUGUAUUUGGAACCAACACAUCCAGCUUGGAACUAUUCUUGAUGAACAGAAAGAUCAAAGGACCUUGUUGGCUUGAAGUAAAAAAUCCACAGCUCGUGAAUCAGCCAAUUAGCUGGUGUAAAGUUGAGGCAAUGGCUUUGAAACCAGACCUGGUGAAUGUAAUUAAGGAUGUCAGUCCUCCUCCGCUUGUGGUGAUGUCUUUUAGUGUGAAGACAAUGCAGAAUGCAAAGACACAUGAAAAUGAGAUUAUCGCUAUGGCAGCUUUGAUCCAUCACAACUUUGCAUUAGAUAAAGCACCCCCACAGCCUCCCUUUCAGUCACACUUCUGUGUUGUAUCUAAGCCAAAGGACUGUAUUUUUCCAUAUGAUUUGAAAGAAAGCAUUAAUAAAAAGAAAGUGAAGGUUGAGGUUGCUGCAACAGAAAGAACACUGCUAGGUUUUUUCCUGGCAAAAGUUCACAAAAUUGAUCCUGAUAUCAUUGUGGGUCAUAAUAUUUAUGGAUUUGAACUGGAAGUGCUGUUGCAGAGAAUUAAUAUGUGCAAAGUUCCUCACUGGUCCAAGAUAGGUCGACUGAAGCGAUCCAACAUGCCAAAGCUUGGGGGUCGGAGUGGAUUUGGUGAAAGAAGUGCGACCUGUGGCAGAAUGAUCUGCGAUGUGGAAAUUUCAGCAAAGGAGUUGAUUCGUUGUAAAAGCUACCAUUUGUCUGAACUUGUUCAACAGAUUCUGAAACGUGAAAGGGUUGUAAUCCCAAUGGAAAAUAUACGAAAUAUGUACAGUGACUCUUCUCAGCUGUUAUACCUGUUGGAACACACCUGGAAUGAUGCCAGGUUCAUUUUGCAGAUCAUGUGUGAGCUAAAUGUUCUUCCAUUAGCAUUGCAGAUCACUAGCAUCGCCGGGAACAUUAUGUCUAGGACACUGAUGGGUGGACGAUCUGAGCGUAACGAGUUCUUGUUGCUUCAUGCGUUUUAUGAAAACAACUAUAUUGUACCUGACAAGCAGAUUUACAGAAAGCCUCAGCAAAAACUGGGAGAUGAAGAUGAAGAAAUCGAUGGAGAUACCAAUAAAUACAGGAAAGGUCGCAAGAAAGCGGCUUAUGCCGGAGGCUUGGUGCUGGACCCCAAAGUUGGUUUUUAUGAUAAGUUCAUUUUGCUUCUGGACUUCAACAGUUUAUAUCCUUCCAUCAUUCAGGAAUUCAAUAUUUGUUUUACAACAGUGCAAAGAGUUGCUUUAGAAGAACAGAAAGUUGCAGAGGAUGAAGAACAAGAACAGAUUCCUGAGCUGCCAGAUUCAAGCUUAGAAAUGGGCAUUUUGCCCAGGGAGAUCCGGAAACUGGUAGAGCGGAGAAAACAAGUUAAAAAUCUAAUGAAACAGCCAGAUUUAAAUCCAGACCUUAUUCUUCAGUAUGACAUUCGACAGAAGGCUUUGAAGCUCACAGCAAACAGUAUGUACGGCUGCCUGGGAUUUUCAUACAGCAGAUUUUAUGCCAAACCACUGGCUGCUUUGGUGACAUACAAAGGAAGGGAGAUUUUGAUGCACACUAAAGAGAUGGUACAGAAGAUGAAUCUUGAAGUUAUUUAUGGAGAUACAGAUUCAAUUAUGAUAAACACCAAUAGCACCAAUCUGGAAGAGGUAUUUAAAUUGGGGAACAAGGUAAAAAGUGAAGUGAAUAAGUUGUACAAACUGCUUGAAAUAGACAUCGAUGGUAUUUUCAAGUCUCUGCUACUGCUGAAGAAAAAGAAAUAUGCGGCCCUUGUUGUGGAGCCAACAUCAGAUGGGAAUUACUCCACCAAACAGGAGCUGAAGGGAUUAGAUAUAGUUAGAAGAGAUUGGUGUGAUCUUGCUAAAGACACUGGAAACUUUGUCAUUGGCCAGAUUCUUUCUGAUCAAAGCCGGGACACUAUAGUGGAAAAUAUUCAGAAGAGGUUAAUGGAAAUUGGAGAAAGUGUGCUAAAUGGCAGUGUCCCAGUGAGCCAGUUUGAAAUUAACAAGGCAUUGACAAAGGACCCCCAGGAUUACCCUGACAAAAAAUGCCUUCCUCAUGUACAUGUUGCCCUCUGGAUCAAUUCUCAAGGUGGCCGAAAGGUGAAAGCUGGCGACACUGUGUCAUAUAUCAUCUGUCAGGAUGGGUCAAAUCUCAGUGCCAAUCAGAGGGCCUAUGCGCCUGAGCAGCUGCAGAAACAGGACAGUUUAAUCAUUGACAUCCAGUACUACCUGGCCCAGCAGAUUCACCCAGUUGUGGCUCGGAUCUGUGAGCCAAUAGAUGGAAUUGAUGCAGCCCUCAUUGCAACGUGGUUGGGACUCGACCCUACUCAAUUUAGAGUUCAUCAGUAUCAUAAAGAUGAAGAGAAUGAUGCUCUACUUGGUGGCCCAGCACAGCUCACCGAUGAAGAGAGAUACAGGGACUGUGAAAGAUUCAAGUGUCCCUGUCCUACAUGUGGGACCGAGAACAUUUACGAUAGUGUCUUCGAUGGUUUGGGAACCAGUAUGGAACCCAGCUUGUACCGUUGCAGUAACAUACACUGUAAGGCUUCACCUCUAUCCUUUACAGUACAGCUGAGCAACAAAUUAAUCAUGGAUAUUAGACGUUGCAUUAAAAAAUAUUAUGAAGGCUGGUUGAUUUGUGAGGAGCCAACAUGUCGAAAUCGAACUCGGCACCUUCCCAUUCAGUUCUCUCGAAAUGGACCUGUUUGCCCAGUCUGCCUGAAAGCUACCCUUCGACCAGAGUAUUCUGACAAGACCCUGUACACCCAGCUGUGCUUUUACCGGUACAUUUUUGAUGUGGACUGUGCACUGGAGAAACUUAUUACCGAUCAUGAGAAAGAGAAACUGAAGAAGCAAUAUCUGACCCCCAAAGUUCUUCAGGACUACAAAAAACUCAAGAACACAGCAGAGCAGUUCUUGUCCCGAAGUGGCUACUCCGAAGUGAGCCUCAGCAAACUCUUCGCGGACUGUGCUGUGAAGUCCUGAGGGAGUCCCAGGAGUGAGCAAGGCUGGUGGUGGGAGACUAGCAGCCACCUGGGCACCUCCACCAUGGCCCUCACUGCUUCUCUGGCAUCUGCUUUUUCCUUUGGGACUGCAGCUCAUGUUGGUGUGGAUGGGACUUGGGAGCGGGAUUAUUAAGGAAAACUGGGGGAAAAAAAUCGGUCUCCCAAGCAGCAGAGAAAACCCCAACAGCCUUCCUAUUACAGUCUCCCACGGAAAAUUGAAGCAUGACCCUGUAGCCCUUUGCUAAGCACCCGAAGAGCUUGCCGCUUCCUAGAAAGGACUGGAUUUCUAGGGGAGGGGUCGGUGAGGGCAGGGGCAUGAAUUGAGAGUGGCUGGAAUGCAAGUGACCCCAGGCUUUGCCCCCAGCCUUCAGCAGAGGUACCUCUAGAACGGGGUUCUGUGGAGCCUGGUAGAUGCCCUGCUAUUUUGCCUUCUCACACGCCAGUUAAACCCAGUCUGAACCCACACGCUUCCCAGCCGCUGGCUCCGGGAGUGGCUGUCCUUUCCAGUGUCCUCUGUCUUGUCGGUGGCCCAGGGGCGAGUUAGAAGCCCUGCACUGACUCCCUAGGCUAAGCAGCGCUCACUUGUUUAUUGAAUUGCCCCAGAGUCCAACACACUCACACUCCUUUUUUUCCUUAAGUAGGAAAUUCAGGUGGAGGUUCGUACAAUAGAAAAUCACAUUUAAAAUAAUUUGAUAUCCUAUAACAUUUCAUUAACGAUGUGUAGAGGUUGGGAUGAGGAUCUUCGUUGUAUUCAGAAAAACUGCGGGGAGGGAUGGCUAAUUGGCCCUGGCACUGUUUUCCUCAGUUCUUCACAAGGGAACCCUUUUUGCCAGAGGCCAAGUGUAUCUGAGUGUAGCGGUCUUAGCUUUCAUGCGUUAUCCGUAAGAGUAUAGGAACAGAAUCUAUUUCCCCUUGCAUAACCGUGCUAUAUAUUUUUAAAGAGAACUCCGUGUUUUACAAAAGAAAAAUACAUUGUGCUCUUCCUGCUAAAGAAUAAAGUUUCCUAAAGGGCAAGCAGUUGUGGUGCGUCCGUGUCCGGGGGCAGAUGUUGACCAGAGGGGUGGCCAGCGCCUUCCCACACUUCAGCCUGCUUUCUUCUCUGCCGCCCAGGUCAGAAUUCAGCUCAGAUGCUCCGCGUGCUGUAGGCCCGAAGGGCUCUGCGUGGCGUUCGGGAGUUCUGCGGACCUUGAAGAGAUGAAGUGUGGUUUCUCCUGUGUUGGGCCAAUUUAGACAGCCAGGGAGACCCAAGCCAAGACCCGGUGGUGUUUGGGAAGCAAGGUCCGUGGCUCCUGGGACAAAGUCUUCCCACAAGAGACUGGUCCCCCAGCGUGGCCCCCAGGGGAGGAAUCCAUGUGAAAGCAAUAGAGAAAAGGGCACCGAGGUCUUGCUUUCCGAGGUCUUGCUUUCGCCUUCUCUUGUCUCUCCCCACCCUGUCCUUUCUCCUCUUUAGAAACCAUCUGGGCUGAGGGCUGUGUCUGUUGGUUGAUUAAUGCCCUGGUACUUCAGGCUCAGCAGCCUGUCAAUAGUUGCAGCACCUGAGUUGCUUGGAGAAACUAAGGGGCCGGUGUGGUUUUCCACUGCUAAGUCAUAUGGUUAAUAGAGCUGGUUCUCUGUGCGCGCUUCUGGAACCCAUGCCCCCUCUUUG